CGAUGGUUGAGUAUGUCAAAUCAUCUUCAGUCCAUUCUUUUUUAAUAAUUCAGAUUGUUCACGUGUCUCCCAUACGCGUCAUCUCCAAACAAAUAAUUUGAGCCAUUUGUGUUUGCGCUGAAAGAGACAGCCAAGUCUUUUUUACUAGUUUAUAAAAGUUUGACAGGUAAUUUAGAAAAUCACUCCGAGCUGCACUGUAGGUUCGUCUGAGAUGACUCGAGUUGUGUGUUACGCAGCGGAUUUCAUCUGCAAUGCCACUCACAUUAUGAUGCGUGAAUCAAGAGUUGCAUCUAGAAAUAUGUCCUCCAUCUUGAUCCAAACAGUGAAAGAGGAAGAUGACAGCUGCACUGUUCAAACAGAGAACCCAAAAGUUGUGCCAAAACUCCAAUUCUCGAUUCGUCCAGCAAACGAAGGCGACGUGCCAGCGCUUAAAAAAAUAAGACAAGAUAUGGGAAUUCACGACGUCCCAACAGUUUUUCAAACUUUUAUGAAACUAGAUCCACAGGGAUUAAAGAUAGCUGUGAGUGAUACAGGGAAAAUACUGGGCUCUUGCGGUUGUGUAUUCAAUGGCGAUGACAGUGAUGGAGUUUAUUUCGGAGGUAUAUAUUGUGUUGAACCUAAAUAUCAAGGAACUGGUAUAGGAUUAAAGAUAUACAAGGAAUGCUUCGAACAUUUCGGUGAUUCGAACUGUGGUUUAAACGCUGUACCUGGUAUGACAGAAAUAUACAGGGAUAGAGGAGGUUUCCCCGUGGAAGAAAAGGAAUGGGUGUGCCUUAAGAACCAAACAUCCAGCUAUGUGUCUCCAGAUGUACUUUCGAACUUUGUGCCACAAGGAGUAGACAUUCAACCUUUUCAUGACUCUUUCUUAGCAAAAAUGGUUGCAUACGAUCAAGCUUUGGUUGGUUUCCGAAGAUCUUUACUACUAUCCAUGAGCUGCAAUGAAAUGAACAGCAAAACUUUUGUUGCUUUCAAGAAUGGUGUAUGUGUUGGGUUUGGUACUAUCAAAGAAAGUUGCCUUGGAGCUGGUCGGGUGGGACCUUUGUAUGCAGAUGAUCCAGCUGUGGCUGAAGUUAUCCUGCGGAAACUUCUCGAAUCUUUCCCUGGUCGUAAUGGGUUCGCAAUGAUGACAAUUAGCAGCAAUGUUCCUGCAAAUUCCUUCCUCAGAAGAUUGUCUUGUCCUGUUAAAGAAGAGUGCCAUAGGUUAUAUACCAAGAAAAGGAUGAUUGUGGAUACCAACAAAAUAUAUGCCCUUUUCGAUAUUAAUUUCUCUGCUUUUUAAAUAGUCAAAUAUCAAGCGUUGAAUAUAAUGUAUUAUUAUUGUUUAAAGAAAUCUGGAACAAUCGUUGUAACAAAAAAUGCAUGUCAGAUCUCAAAACUUAAAAAAAUUUAAAUUAUAAGAAACCUUAAAGGCAACAUUGAGGGGUUAUAAAUCAUAUCAAAUUAAAGCCAAUUAACUUGAUAAUAAAAAGUGUAUUAAGUAUAGAAUAUCAAAAGAAAGGCUUCAAAGUGAAAAGAAAAGAAAAGAUUAAAAGAAAAUGUGAUAUAAAUUAGAGAAAAAAUUCUAAAAUAUUAUCAGCCAGAUAACAAUGUUUUCAUUCCGAAUAAAGAUUUACAGGUUAUUAAACUAUUCAUACGUUGAAAAAUUCAAUUUUAUUGUGUAACAGUAUCAAAAAAUUUGAAUUUAAUGGCGACCUGCUUUUAUGAUGAAAGUAUUUUGUGGAAUGUUUUCGUAUAGUCAAAUUCAAUAUCAAAAAAUUUACACAUGAGAAAGGUUGCAAAAUAUUUUUGUAUAUCAUCUUUAUUUUUGAAUAGAAGAAAUAAUUUGAAGUAAAAAACGAUAAUCGAACGAAAGUCCUGAAGAAAGAAACUAAAUUUUGAAAAGCAGUAUGAAAGAAAAUAUUAAAAAUAUCGCUUAUAUUUAACAAGCACUAUAUGGAAAAAUUUCAUUUCUUCCAAUCACAAUGCUUAAAAGAAAAGAAUAAAAAUUACGAAAUUAUGACGCGAUUAAAUAUCUGUAGAAAGAAAGCAAACCAACACUAAAUUUUAAUCGCCACAUUUUAAAAACAUUUGUUAGGUGUUAGGUUUUGAACCUGUUUAGUCUAAUACCAAAGUUAAUGAAUUAUCACUUCAAAUAAUUAAAAUUUGGCAGCAGAGCAAUUUUUUUGUCUAAUCAAAAUAACAUCUUAAAAAUAGCUGAUAGUUGGGAUUGCCCUGAUUAUAAUAUACAAAGUAAUAUACAAAAUCUUUAAUUGAUAAAUUAAAGAUAAGUGACCGGUCACCCGUCGGAACGCCAAAUUUGUAUCAGACGUCCGAAAUUUCGCUGACUUGCAUUGUUACAAAAAAAAUAAUAACAAACGUCUUAUAGGAUUGCAAUAUUUUUGUCGGAGACUUCAGAUUUGGCAAGAAAUUAACAAAAAAAAUCAUUUUGGCGUACAAAUUUUAUUCCUAAGACGGGCCAGUAAAUUUUGUGUUACUUAUAGUAAGAUCAUUGUUUUUUUAAUUUCAUUAUAUUACCUUUUUUACAGGCGCCAUUUGUAAAAGAAGUUAUAAGGAUUGCGAAAACAUAAUGAGAUUAAAAAUCAGUAAAUUGUAAGCAAACGAAAAAAAAAUUCUAAUACACUUGAAAAAAUAUCACACAAUAUACAAAAUUUACAAAUUAAAAUAAAAAUCACCUGAGUCAGUGAAUUGGAUAUAAGACAUGUAAUUUAAAAGUGAAUUACAUAACAAUGUGAGUAAGUAUCUGCGUUGGCCAAAAUAUAGUUAAUAUAUAUGGGAGAUUAUUCUCAGUUGUAAUAAAUAUCUAUAUUACAACUGAGUAAUAAAUAUCUAUAUUAAUACUUUUAAUACUCCCUAUAACUAUAAAAGAUAUUAUUUAUAGGUAGUUCGAACAGUUUUUACCGAAAAAUAAACUAAAUAAUAAAUCAAAAAUAAAAUGAUAAUAUUAUCAUUGCUCUUAAAACUAGAAUGAAAAGAUUACAUGGAUAUACCGACAAGGAAUUAAAGUUGUUCGAGAGGAAUGCCUCAACUUUAAAAUACAGUACAAUAUAACACUCCUUGAAAGAGACAUGUAAUUUACAUAUGUUGCUAGUUUAUAAUGCUGAACAAAUCAUUACCCUGAUAAAACAAAUUGAUAUUUAUAUCAUUGUACUUGAUGAAUUAAGUUCUACUUUGCAAAGAAUUUUUUAAUGUUGUAAAUAACUUGUGUACAGUGUA